ACACACACACACACACUCACUCACACUCACACGCACACCACGGUGCUGAAUGUUGUAUAAAGUUUUCGCGUAAAUUUCCGUACUUCCCGCCGCCAAACCCAAGAUGAGCAGUAGUGUGCGCGAUGGCGGUGGCGGCGAGGAGUUGGUGGGGAGGGAGAAGGAACUGGAGCAAGUAAGGCAGUAUGUUGGGAAGCCGCACAGCCCUUGCCUUCCUGCCCUCUUCGUAUACGGCACAUCUGCAACUGCCAAGACUACAGUCGUUCGAACCGUCAUGGAGGAGAGCAAGUGCAGGUAUGCGAUGAUCAACUGCCUCGAAACGUACUCGCCGCGGGUGCUGUUUGAGCAGAUCCUCAACAGCCUCAGUGGUGACACACCCACGCCAGACAACCUGUAUGGCGGUCACGCUCGCUGCGACACCGUCUACAAGUUCAUCAAGUACCUCAAGGGCGUGUGUGACUCACAAGAAGACCCGAAAGCGACGGUGUACAUUGUGCUCGACAACUGUGAGCGCCUGCGUCUCUUCCGCAACCACGACCUCGCCGUGUUCCUUCGCCUGCGCGAACUGGUCCAUCGCAAUGUGGGCGUGAUUCUGAUCAGCACCGUCAUCUGGGAGAAGUUCCGCGAGGGCACGGGCUUUGCUGACCCGCUCAUGGCGCACUUCCCAGCAUACACAAAAGCGGAGACACUGGCCAUCCUGCAGCGUCGAACACCACGCGACGUGCACCCCUCCCACUUCCGGCAGUUUGUGUCGCUGCUGUGGGACGUGUUCCACGGGCCGUGCCGCGACCUGAACGAGCUUGCGCACCUCGUCGCCCUCUUCUUCGACAAGUACUACGCACCGGUUCGCGCGGGAAAAAUCAACGCAGACAACAAGACCGCGCUCUUCAAGGCAAUAUCACCGCUGCUGCGCGCACACUUCAGCAGCCUGUACCUGCGUGAGACGUCCACAGCGGAGUGGCUGGCCGCUGGUGCUGGUGGUGACGGUGACAAGACAGAAAGCACAGCAGCACCAUCAUCCGCCUCCACGACAAGCACACGCGGCGCAUCGCAGCUGCACAAGCUCGAGCUUCCGUAUUUUGCAAAGGUGUUGAUAUUGGCAGCGUUUCUUGCGUCACACAACCCGGCCCGCUCAGAUCUCGCAAUCUUCUCAAAGCGCCAGCGUAAACUGAGCAAGCAACGCGGGCGAUCAAAGCGGAAAGCAGCGCGACGAGCAGACACGACAGCAAAGUUUCGCCUCCCAACGUCCCCAUCCACGUUCCCCCUCAGCAGACUCUUUGCCAUCUUUUACAGUUUAAUGGACGAGGAAACAGAUUUGACUGCGGAUGUGUAUUCGCACGUCAAGUCUCUCCUCUCCCUCCGUCUCCUCACCAGGACGACGACGGAUGAUAACUUUGACUCGGCCAAAUUCAAGUGCACGAUGGCUGCGGAGGAUGUGAUUGCGCUUGGGCGCUCCGUUGAAAUCGACGUCGUCUCCUACCUCCACGAAGUCAACGCCUGACACAAACACGCUGCUGCUGCUGCUGCUGCUGCUGCU